AGAAUAAAGAAAGCAACGAAUAAACGAUAACACGUAAAGUUCGUUGAACGUCGUCGAAGGCAGGAUUGUUGGAGUUUGCGCGGCAGAAAGUUUCAUCUCUCCCAGGUGGGAGAUCCACGAGGAUCUGUCACAAGAAUCGCAUGUAGAUCUUCCCCGCGAGUGCCGGUACUCGGUUCGAGCUUAUUUUAUUUUUUUUUUUCGAUCAAAAUUCUUUUCCGUGCCACUUCGAAGAGGGAAAAAAGUGUAGCGAAAUGUUAGGAUUGAUAUUUUUCAUAUUGCUGUCAAUGUGCAAAAAUCGGAAUUACGCUCUUGAUGUUUCUUCUGCGGCUUCAAAGGCUUCUUCGAAAGUUACGUUAACCAGAGGAACCGUCAACGACAUUGUUUCUAGAAAUAUCACAAUGGUUCUCGAGAAUCUUCUAAUGAAUUACGAGAACAAUCAACUACCUACUCACGGAAAGGGAACACCAACUGUGGUAAAAACGAAUAUUUUAAUAAGGAGCAUGGGUCCUGUGUCAGAACUCGAUAUGGAUUAUUCAAUGGAUUGUUAUUUUCGACAAUCUUGGAGAGAUUCUCGUUUAAGCUUUUUAGGCCCAAUAAAGUCUCUCAGUUUAAGCAUCAAAAUGUUGGAAAGAAUUUGGAGGCCAGACACGUAUUUUUAUAAUGGAAAACAUAGCUAUGUGCAUACCAUCACGGUGCCAAAUAAAUUAUUAAGAAUCUCGCAAGAUGGAGAUAUUCUGUAUUCUAUGAGACUUACUAUAAAAGCAAAAUGUCCAAUGGAACUUCGAAACUUUCCCAUGGAUCGUCAAUCCUGUCCUCUUAUUCUUGGGAGUUACUCAUAUGAAUCCGUUUCUUACGAAAGAGGAUCGAUGACUGUAUCUGUUGCAUCCAAACCAUCAACAAUGGAAAGACAAACACAAACAGAAGUGUGGAUACCGAAAUGGCGACAAUUUCUUUAUUGCCUUGCUGGUGAUGAAUCAUUUAGGAAGCGCAGACAAAGAGAAGCAGCUGGAAACUGUAGGAAGCGUGGGGAAAAAAUUGCAAGACACAUAAACAGUGUAUCUUACAUCGAUAAAGUUGCACGAAUAGUAUUUCCUGCUUCUUUUGGAUUACUCAACGUUUGUUAUUGGGUCAUUUACGUCACUUAUCAAGAGGAAUUUAAAUGGCAAGAUCCUCCGCUUGGAUCAAUUUCUCAAUAAUUUAAUUAAGUAAAAUAGCAAUGUUUAUGAUAUUUAUAUAUAUGUAUACAUACAUGUUAUAAUAUAAAAAUUGAAAAAUACAUUAUAAAUACAUUU